GUAGUAUUGGUGUCUUCCAGAAAAGCUCCAAUGGUGAUUUUUUCUUCAUUAUCAUCUUAUACUCGUAGAAAUUCCCAAAAUUUAACCAAAAGCGAAACAAAACAAGAAUGUAUUCGAAGAAGACAUGGUUCAAAUAGUCGUCAGCUAUCAAUUAUUAAUGAUGGUCCAGAUCCUUUAGAUCUUUUGGCUCUUAUGGGUUUUGAAAAACCAGAAGAUGGGCAAGAUGUAUCUUACAGUCAAUUGUUAUCGCCAUCUCACCAUUGUAGUCAUCACAUUCGAUGCAAAAAUCAUGAUAUAGAACAAAGUGGAAGUUUUCAUGUUUUCAAUUUUCAUUUUGUUCAAGAUACUCCAAUUCUGCGUAAUUUUAUUCCACCUACACCUUCUUCUAUGGCUACAGAGAAAUCAAUUGAAUGGGAAGAUAAUGGAACUUGUCAUCAUCCUUUUCAUGUUUCAAAUAAUUAUUAUCAUCCAUAUUUAUUAGAUGAUCCCGAAUUAGUAGCUGGCAAACAUAGUACACAACUUGCUUUUCCAUCUUACUUUUGUGGUGUUGAUUUACUUACUGUGGCUCAAGCAUAUGUUUAUUUUGAAAAAUUGAUAUUGAAGUUGUUAAUAAAUAAGCAAAAUCGAAAACUGUGUGCUGCAGCAUGUCUUCUAUUAUCAGCUAAAUUGAAUGAUGUCAAAGGAGCAGAAUUACGAUUAUUAAUAGAGAAAAUAGAAGGUUCAUUUCGUCUAAAUCGUAGAGAUAUUUUAUCUUCAGAAUUUGGGGUUUUAGUAGCAUUGGAAUUUUCAUUGCAUAUUCCAAUUUGGGAAAUUUAUCCUCAUUAUCAGCACCUUGUCUAUGAAUCUUGACAUUAUGAUAAUCCUUGUCGUGCACAAGUUUCCUAUUACUUUGAAACUGCCAGGUUAUCAUU